CUCAGUAACAUCGAAAGCUGGAGUCCUGAUAGAUCUGGGAAAGGCUCAAUAGAUGGCGGUAAUGCUCUGUUUGUGAUCGUGAUCCGUCAGUAACAACGAGGAAGAAGAAGACGACCAGUUUCUCCCUGAUGUCUGUCGUUUUGUCCUGGUGUCGUUUUAAUACAAACUGUUAGAAAGAUAGUUUAGCGUUUUUGAAUCCAGUCAGUAAAAACCCGUGAUAUUCACAGCCGUGACUGAGUUUUGAAGCGAGCAGGAAUAUCUGGAGGAGAAUCAUCUGAACUGAGAUCUGCUGCUGUGAAGAUGGUGUUUGUUAAAGAGGAGAGUGAAGAGAGCACGAGUGAACCAGAAACAUGGAGAAUAAAUCCCAAGAACCCAGAAACCUGGAGAAUAAAACGGGAGGAACCAGAAUCUUUAAGAAUAAAAAACGAGGAACAAGAAGGCCUGAUGAAAGUGAAAGAGGAAAGACAAGAUCUGAAUGAAGGGGAGGAGAAGCAUCAGGAUCAGAAAGAUGAUGAAGAACAAUCGGUAAAUUGCUCCAAAACUGAAAAGACAGAAGUCAUAAGGCCUUUCAGCUGCUCUGAAUGUGGAAACACUUUCAAACAUAAAAGAAGCCUUACAUACCACGCAUUAAUCCACGCUGGAAUAAAGCCUUUCACCUGCUCUGAGUGUGGGAAGAGUUUUACACAGAAAAAGCAACUCAGCGAUCAUAUGCUUGUUCACUCUUCAGAAAAGCCUUUCCCCUGCCAUCAGUGCGGAAAAACCUUCACGCGUAAAGCAAACCUUAAAAACCACAUGAUAAUUCAUAGCGGGGAAAAGCCUUUCAGCUGCUCUCAGUGCGGAAACACUUUUACAUGUAAAGGAAGCCUGAAGAAACACAUGUUGAUUCACGCUGGGAUAAAGCCGUUCGUCUGCUCUCAGUGCGGAAAGAGUUUUGUGCAGAAAGGACACCUCAAGAUUCAUCUGGUGACCCAUUCUUCAGAAAAGCCUUUCAGCUGCUCUCAGUGCGGAAGGAGUUUUACUCAGAGAAACCAGUUCAAUGAUCAUAUGCUCAUUCACUCUUUAAAAAAGCCAUUCAGCUGCUCUCAGUGCGGAAGGAGCUUCUCGCACGAAAAAAAACUUAAUGAUCAUAUGCGCGUUCACUCUUCAGAAAAGCCUUUCUCCUGCCCUCAGUGCGGAAACACGUUCACGCGCAAAGCAAGCCUCAACAAUCACAUGAUAAUUCAUAGCGGGAAAAAGCCUUAUUCCUGCUCUCAGUGCGGAAACACGUUCAAACGGAAAGGAUGCCUGAAGAAUCACAUGUUGAUUCACAAUGGAAUAAAGUCUUUUACCUGCUCUCAGUGCGGAAAGAGUUUCACGCAGAAAGGACAUCUCACGGUUCACCUGAUAACUCACUCUACAGGAAAACCUUUCAGCUGCUCUCAGUGCGGGAACACUUUCAAACGUAAAGAAUGCCUUAAGAGUCACAUGUUAAUUCACGCUGGGAAAAAGCUUUUCACCUGCUCUGUGUGAGAAGUGUUUCCUCUGUAACCAAGGACUUAAUGGUAAAGAGAGAAUUUAGCCUGAUCUGUGUGAGAAGGGUUUUAAAAAGAAAGCUGAACUCACUGUGGUGUAGGGAACGUGAACCGAUCCGGACAGAUUUCUAAGGGCACGUGAAAAUAAUGCUUGAGAGUGAAAACUGUGGUGUGAGUGUGGGGCGAGCCAAGUACUCUAUACAGAAAAACGUGUGACGGAAAUAACGUGAAGCAACAUAGCCUCACUUGCAAGGUGGAGAGUGUAUUUCUGUCAUUAUUAAUAAUAUUAUUAUUAUUUCGUUUUGCCGUUGUUUUUCAUGAGAUUUUGUUUGCUUUUUGUCAUUCAUAACCAUUUUCAAUGAAAUACUGAAAACGUGCAUUUUGAUAUUCAUUUACAGUUCACUGUCAGUUUGUCUCAAGCCUAGAAUUAUAAUCUUUAUAGUUCGGCUUCCUCUGAACGGUUUUUUGCAAACUGUUUCACUGUAUGUGACUUUACAUGGAAAAGUUUCAAAUCUGAUGUGCAGCUAUGAAUGCAAAAUUAGUUUUUGCAUGAAAUGCAUUUCUACACAAAUAAAUGUACUGGAUACAAACAAAUGUGUCUAUUCCUUCUCUGUGUACUAUAGGGUUAAGAUCUCCCAGCAAACGACACACUUGGAUGCUACUCUUGUGUGUGUGUGUGUGUGUGUGUGUGUGUGUGUGUGUUGCAUCUUGAGUUCUCUGUCGGUGUCUGGCUGAUUGCUCUGAUUGAGAAAACCUGUGGGUUUAAUGCGUUCCUUUCGGUCUCAUGGUUAAAUACAUUUCAAAGGGGUAGGUGAAUUUUUUUUUUGGUUUGAUUGUUUUAUAAUUGGGGUAUAAUUUUAGAGAUUCUAAAAAGCCCCUCUGGCAUGAAAUUGGUUAUUAGGCCUAGUGUGUUGUGAUUGGCUAAACCACCUUUAGUGCAAAAUGUGGAAAUGUCUAAAUCUCCCGCCAUUGCAUGUGCUCCAGUUGUAUCGUAAACAAUGGCGUCAUCACAUUUCUCUUUACAAAUCCUCAUUUUAUGCUUCUAAUUUGUGGUCUGCAUUUUGUCUUGCUGUCCGUCUCCAUGCUUCGGCAAUCAACAAUAAUUAUUUGUGCAUGAGCUACGCCGAAGUCCUGCAUCAUCCGCCUGGAAUGUCUUCUGCAUACGACAGUCAACAGAAGUGAGAUAAAACAGUUUAUAACAUUUUAAAUAAAGAUAUUUUUCAUACAUAAGUGCAUUGCUUUGCUACAAUUGAACAUGCUCGGAAGAACCUGGACACACAUACAUACAUACAGGGGUUGGACAAUGAAACUGAAACAGGCCAAUGCCAAAGCUAAAUCUGAUCAGUCUUCAUUGAUUGCACACUCCACCAGUAAGAGCAGAUUGUAGAGGUUUAAUUAUCAGAGUAAUAGCACAGUUUUGCUUAAAAUAUAGCAAUGCACACAACAUUAUGUGAGUUCAAAAGAGAACAAAUUGUUGGUUCUCGUCUUGCUGGCGCAUCGGUGACCCAGACAGCAAGCGUUUGUGACGUAUCAAGAGACACGGUAUCCAGGGGACCUAGAAGGACCAACCACAUCCAACAGGAGUAACUAGGACGCAAGAGGAAGCUGUCUGAAAGAGAUGUCUGGGUGCUAACCCGGAUUGUAUCCAAAAAAUAUAAAACUACAACUGCCCUACAUCAAGUCUCCCUUGUUUUUGCAUCUAAAUUUCAAGUUACAUUCACUUCCAUUUCUAUGCAUGUGAACGUGGAAGAUUAAAAAACAAGCUCAAGCCAAUUUCCCCUGCC